UCAUCUGCUAACACAUACAGGCAAAAACCUUUUGAAUGUGAAAACUGUGGAAAGAAAUUCACACGAAGGAGUACUCUCAACAACCAUCUCCUAACACACACAGGAGAAAAACCUUAUGAAUGUUCUCAUUGUGAAAAGAAAUUUUCACAAAUGAGUGCUCUCAAUGGUCAUCUGUUAACCCACACAGGUGAAAAACCUUUUGAAUGCGAAAACUGCAAAAAGAAAUUCACACGAAGGAGUACUCUCAACAACCAUCUCCUAACACACACAAGAGAAAAACCUUAUGAAUAUUCUCAUUGUGAAAAGAAAUUUUCACAAAUGAGUGCUCUCAAUGGUCAUUUGUUAACCCACACAGGCGAAAAACCUUUUGAAUGCGAAAACUGCAAAAAGAAAUUCACACUCAGGAGUACUCUCAAGAAGCAUCUCCUAACACACACAGGAGAAAAACCUUAUGAAUGUUCUCAUUGUGAAAAGAAAUUUUCACAAAUGAGUGCUCUCAAUGGUCAUCUGUUAACCCACACAGGCAAAAAACCUUUUGAAUGUGAAAACUGUGGAAAGAAAUUCACACGAAGGAGUACUCUCAACAACCAUCUCCUAACACACACAGGAGAAAAACCUUAUGAAUGUUCUCAUUGUGAAAAGAAAUUUUCACAAAUGAGUACUCUCAAUGAUCAUCUGUUAACCCACACAGGCGAAAAACCUUUUAAAUGUGAAAACUGUAAAAAGAAAUUUGUACAUAGGAGUGCUCUCAAGAAGCAUCUCCUAACACACACAGGAGAAAAACCUUAUGAUUGUUUAUAUUGUGGAAAGAAAUUUCCACAUAAGUGCACCCUCAAUAAGCAUCUGUUAACCCACACAUGCGAAAAACGUUUUGAAUGUGAAAACUGUAAUAAGAAAUUUGCACAUAGGAGUACUCUCAAGAAGCAUCUCCUAACACACACAGGAGGAAAAAAAUAUGAUUGUUCAUAUUGUGAAAAGAAAUUUCCACAUAAGAGCACCCUCAAUAAGCAUAUGCUAACACAUACAGGCAAAAAACGUUUUGAAUGUGAAAACUGUGGAAAGAAAUUCACACGAAGGAGUACUCUCAACAACCAUCUCCUAAAUCACACAGGAGAAAAACCUUAUGAAUGUUCUCAUUGUGAAAAGAAAUUUUCACAAAUGAGAGCUCUCAAUGGUCAUUUACUAACACAUACAGGUGAAAAGCCUUUUGAAUGUGAAACUUGUGAAAAGAGAUUCACACAGAAGGGUAACUUACACAGACAUUUCCUAUCACAUACAGGUUAAAAAACCUUAUGAAUGCUCAUAUUGUGAAAAGAAAUUUUCAGAUAAGAGUAACUUUAAUAGACAUCUUCUGACACACACAGGAAAAAGUUAUGAACGUUCACAUUGUGAAAAAAAAAAUCACAAAGGAGUGCUCCCAACACUCAUCUCCUAACACACUGAAGAAAAACCUCAUGAAUGUUCACAUUGUGGAAAGAAAUUUUCACAAGUGACUACUCUCAACAACCAUCUCCGAACACACACGGGAGAAAAACCUUAUGAAUGUUCACACUGUCAGAAGAAGUUUUCACAAGUGACUACUCUCAACAACCAUCUCCUUACGCACACAGGAGAAAAACCUUUUCAAUGUUUACAUUGUGGGAAGAAAUUUUCACGAGUGACUACUCUCAAACACCAUCUCCUAACACACACAUGAGAAAAACCUUAUGAAUGUUCAUAUUGUGGGAAAACAUUUUCACGAGUGACUACUCUCAGCAACCAUAUCCUAACACACACAGGAGAUAAACCUUUUGAAUGUGAAAACUGUGAAAAGAAAUUCAGACAUAGGAGUGCUCUCAACAAACAACUCCUAACACACACAGGAGAAAGACCGUAUGAUCGUUCAUAUUGUGAAAAGAAAUUUGCUCAGAAAACUGAUCUAGAUAUCCAUCUUGCAACCCAUUCUAGUGAAAAACCUUAUGAUUGUUUACACUGUGAAAAUAAAUUUUCACUGAAGUUUAACUUCAUUAAUUAACUUAAUUUUCACUGAAGUUUAAAUACAUCUUCUAACACACACACACACACAGGAGUAAAAUCCCAUGAAUGUUUAUGAGUAAAAGUAGUCUGGAUGGUCAUCUGUCAAUUUACUGCAUGGAUGUAACUUCUGUGAGAAAGGAUUUUCACAGAAGAGAGAUCUUGAAUUCCAUCGUUUUACUCACAAAGGAGAUGAAAAAAAACCCCUGUUAAUUCUGUAAAAAAGUGAUUUGCAUUGAUAAAUUCUUUAAAAAGUCAUCUCCAAACACAAGAAAAAAACACACUUAUGAAUGUUAACAUUGUGACAAGAAUUAUUCAAAGAAAAGUACGCUUAAAUCUCAUUUUGUAACACACAGUAUGGAUAAUAUGGACUUUCUUAAUCUGGGUUUUGAAGCGAGUCUUCAUUGGCGACGAUGUUUGCAGGGUUGGGGGGGGGGGGUGUUUAUGGGGGCUCGAA